AUGCGAGCUCUAGAGGCGUUAGAGCAAGAACCGGAAAGUUGGGGGCCGUUAUUAAUGCACUUAAUUAGUACCAAAUUAGACAAAAAAACGUUACAAGAGUGGGAGGCGGGCAGCCCUAAAGACAGGAUUGCUGAAGUUUCAGAGAUAAUGCAAUUUCUGGAAAAUCGAUUUAAAAUAUUAGAAGCCAUCGAAUCAGCGAAAAACGUACAUAGUAGUACGCGAGGUGCUAUUAGUAACGGAUCGACAGGGCAAGGCAAAUCGAACAAAUAUAAUAAUCAAUUUUCGUCUUUAAUGAUAAGUGCGGGUUUAAAGUGUUACGUGUGUCAGUUGCCGCACACUAUCUAUAAAUGUCCAACGUUAAUUGCUUUACCGAUAAAAGAGAGAAUAAAUAAAGUAACUGAAUUAAAAUUAUGUAAAAUUUGUUUACGUCAGCACGAAAAUAAAAAGUGCUUUGCGAAAUAUUGCUUCAAGUGUUCGAAGCCGCAUAAUACAUUGUUGCAUUUAGCGCAAAUUAAAAAUGCAGAACAAGGUAACAAAAAUUCAACUGAAAAUGCAGAAGAGAGCACGUCGGCGGCAUCGUCAUCAAUAAGUGCGCAUACGCUGGUACAAAAUGACGAACAGGUAUUAUUAUCAACAGCGGUGGUGCAUAUACACAAUGCUAGCGGUGAAAACGUCGAAUGCCGUAUAUUGUUAGAUUCCGGCUCACAGUGUAAUUUAAUUACCGAAAAUAUGGUUCAAAAUAUAAGAUUAAAAAGGUAUCAAGUGCAGCACACAGUAAUGGGUAUCGGUGGGAUAACACAACCUGUUACGCGGGCUGUAAAUGUUUCAAUUACAUCGCGAUAUAAUAGUUUCAAUUUAAUAUUGACCUGCCUAGUGGUACAAAAGAUCACACAUUGUAUGCCUAAUAAUGAGGUUGAAAAUUGCGUAGCUCCCAAUGAUAUAAAUCUCGCGGACCCGUUAUUUAGACGUCCGCAAAAAAUAGAUUUGUUACUAGGGAACAAACAUUUCUUCGAAAUAAUAUGUGCCGGCCAAAUUAAACAGCACGUGGCCGGACCGAUAUUUCAGGAAACACGUUUCGGCUGGGUGGUAGCUGGACCGGUCUUAAGAAAGAGCUGUAAGGAUACCAAGAACGUAAGUAGCGUAACACACACGACAGCGUGUGUGGAAAAUGACACGCAUUUUGAAAAUUUGGUAUCAAAGUUUUGGCGUAUAGAAAAAUUGGAGACGGACCCACCUUUAACAUUAGAAGAAAAAAUGUGUAGGAGUCAUUUUGACAAAACAGUCCAACGGGACAAAACCGGACGUUUUAUUAUCCGUUUGCCGUUUAAAAAUACAAAUAACUCGUCCGCAUUAGGAAAAUCGUAUCAGAUCGCAAGGCGGCGAUGGGCGGCGACCGAGAAUAGACUCCGAAAUAAUAUACCUCUACGCGAAGCAUAUACGCAAUUUAUGCACGAAUAUGAAGCGUUAGGCCAUAUGGAACGGGUAAUUGAAAAAGAGGACGAGGAAAAUAAAAAGAGUUGCUAUUUGCCACAUCACGCGGUUAUAAAUGAAAAUAGUACGACGACCAAGGUGAGGGUGGUGUUUGACGCGUCCUGUAAGACAGAAUCUGGCAACAGCUUGAACGAUUUAUUAUUAAAAGGGCCCGUUUUGCAGGACGAACUAUUAUACAUACUAGCGCGUUUCCGUACCUAUAAUUAUGUCUUAUCAGCUGACAUUACAAAAAUGUACCGACAAAUUAAAGUAGCUAAAGAAGAUUGUAACUAUCAGCGGAUAUUGUGGCGAGCCGAUCCAAAAAUGCCAAUACAAGUUUAUCGUCUUACCACAUUAACUUACGGUACAGUACCUGCAGCUUUCAUAGCAACAGCUUGUUUAGAAAAAUUGGCUGAGACAGGAAACGAUUACCUACGUGCACGUGAAUCCAUAAAAAGGGAUUUUUAUAUGGAUGACUAUUUGAGUGGCGCGUCAACAAAAGAAGAAGCUAUAAGGUUAAAACAUGAAGUACUGUCAAUAUUAGAGCAAGCGGGUUUCGAGCUACGGAAGUGGUCGUCCAAUGACCCUAGUAUUAUAAAUAGUAAUAUGUCGGUCGGUGACAAAGGUGCGGGUAACGACGUGCGUGUUUUCGAUUGUGCGAUAACAAAAAUACUAGGCCUAUUCUGGGAACCGAGCGACGACGUAUUACGGUAUAAAGUAAGCGAAUACGUUGAAAAUACGGAAAUUAUUAACAAACGAAAAAUACUGUCCGAAAUAGCUACAAUAUUCGACCCCCUCGGUUUAGUAGGUCCAGUGGUAGUAGUAGCUAAAUUAUUUAUGCAAAAUUUAUGGCAGUUACGUGUAAACUGGGACGAACAAUUACCGAAAGACGUAUCCGACGAAUGGCUACAAUACAAAAAAUGUUUACCGCGACUAAAUAAACUAGUAAUUCCGCGUAUGAUUAUUAGUAAACAUAAAAUCAUAAAUAUCCAAAUUCAUGGAUUUGCUGAUGCAUCGACAAAAGCUUAUGGCGCAUGUUUGUAUUUACGUAGUACGGACGAAGUAGGUACACAUACAGUGAGACUUAUAUGCGCCAAAUCUAAGGUCGCACCGUUAAAAACGAUAUCAUUACCGAGACUAGAACUAUGUGCUGCGUUACUAUUGGCGCGUAUGCACCAUCGUGUAAUUCCAAAAUUACGACUAGAAAUAGAGAGAAAAUAUUUUUGGUCGGAUUCUACUAUUACUCUUGCUUGGAUCUCGUCACCGUCCACCAGGUGGAAAACAUUUGUUGCCCACAGGGUUGGAGAGAUUCAGGAUUUAUCCUGCACUAUAGUGAGUGGUCCCACGUUAGUACACACGACAAUCCAGCUGACUUAA